AUGGCAUUUGCCAGCCCUGGUUCUGAAUAUCGAUCGCUCCCUGCCUCGAAGGGACCACUGAUAUUUACCAAUAGGGUUGGUGGUAAGGACGAGCUCCAGAUUGAGCUUCACAGGCCCGGAGUGGGCAGCUGCAUCAGUAAGCUACUAAAGAGGAAACAGGUACAAGCGCUGGUCAAACUACCUUCACUCGCCAAGGAAUCGGUCACAGAUCUCCACAGAUUGGCUGAUGGAUUCGACCGUGCGAUUCAGAUAUUGGAUCAAGUCAUCGAACCAGCCGAAUACAAGGAUUUGCUGCUGGUAGAACUGCUGAGUUCUCGUCUGGAUCCAGUCACUCGACGUGGCUGGGAGGAACACACGUCCGCUAAGGAGCAAGACACUCUACAGGACUUGCAGGAGUUCCUACAACGGAGAAUUCAAAUCCUCGAGUCUCUACCAGCGAAGGCAGAACUCAAAAACGAGCCGCAACAACCCAAAUGGAAGUCGUUUUCACCGAAGGUCAGCCACAACGCCGUACAAUGGAAUACCGCUAAGUGCCCAUCGUGUACGGAGGUUCAUGGACUACAUACGUGCCCAGCCUUCCUGGAAAUGUCGCUGUCCAGCAGGGAGUCGUUCAUUCGAGCACAGUCACUCUGCCGAAACUGUCUCAAACGAGGACAUCUAGCUCGAGAUUGUUCGUCAAUGUUCUCGUGUCGCAACUGCAAGGCUGGACACCACACACUGCUGUGCUUCAAGGGCGAAGGAAGAAGCAGUAGGAAUGGAUCACCCAAGAAGGCCAAUUUGGGUAAAAGUGGUAACUGGAACGACUCAAGUUCUGAUCCCAAGGCAGCGAAUGCCGCAUCGGUUCAGAUAGUAUCGUCGAACACAGCACAGAGUCACACGUCGCAGGUAAUUCUGGCUACAGCAGUUGUUGUGAUCGAGGACAACCAAGGUUCUCGCUAUCCGGCACGCGCACUGUUGGAUUCCGGGUCGCAAUGCAACUUCAUCUCUGAAGAUCUAAGUCAGCUGAUGAAGGUCUCUAGUGAGAAGGUGGAUGUUUCGAUAUCGGGUAUCGGACAAACCGGAACGAGAGUCAAUCGCAAAAUCCAAGCUGUCGUCAAGUCUCGAUUUUCGUCAUACUCUCGAACGAUGGAAUUUCUUGUCUUGCCGAAGGUCACAGCUUGUCUGCCUACUUCUACAGUGCAGGCAAAUGGAUGGGACAUACCGGCAGACAUCGAACUGGCAGAUCCAGAAUUCUUCCGCUCGAGAAAGGUCGACUUGGUCAUGGGCAUCCAAGCUUUCUUCAGCUUCUUCCCAUCCGGAAGAGAGAUUCCACUGGGAACCGGUCUGCCAGUACUCACCGAAACAGUUUUCGGUUGGAUAGUGACAGGCGAAGUUACUACAUCAAGCCAAGUCCAUGGAACGGUUUGGUCCUGCAAGGAAGUGGGAGCCGUCAGCAAAUACCCGCCGGACCAGACACGCUGCGAGGAGCUAUUCGAGCGUACAGUCGAACGGGAAUCGGAUGGUCGGUAA